ACUAACCGGCGGGCCUCCGUUUCGCUGGCAUAAACUGUUGCCCAAAUGCAUUUGUCAGGCUUCCAUAUCAAACGAUAACGAGCGUACUAAACUUAUAUAACGUGAGUUCACACGAGUGGUUUUCAUCACAUCUCGCAGAAUGCAGUUCAGAACCGUGCAUCGUGCUGUUAUUGCUCAGUUCCUGUUGGCGGCGGCGUUGGUGGUCGACUCCGGAAGACUUCCGCUGAACAAGUACAUCAUGAUGGAUUUCCAGGUGUCGUUCUUCGAAGCGUGGCGAAGCUGUCAGUUCUACGGACUCCAACUAGCUUCUGUAACAUCCACGGAAGACAAUCGGGAGCUGAGCGAGCUGUUUAACAUGUCGAACCGCGGCAAUGACACAUUUUGGCUCGCCGGAACGGACAUAGGUCGCGAAGGUAAAUGGAUCUGGAUUACGACGAACAAGCUGGUCGUUCAGUACAGUCACUGGGGCAGCAUUAGUCCGGAGUUUCAUGAGUCACAGAACUGCAUGGCGAUCGGAUCGUUCGACAACGACAGAACACUAUGGGAUGACAUUCCUUGCGACGAGCCCCGCAAGUACAUUUGUCAGAAGGUUUCAUAGUGCAAUUCAACAGCACAUCCAUCGUCAUCAAUUGUUGCUCGCUCGUUGUUUUUACAGCUUGACAAAGAAUCGGGACAAGUUUGCUCUUCCCAUCAUAUCGUCAGUCUGCGAGCGGUAGUUCUUGUUGGCAAAUAUAUCGGCGGUUGACGGCAAAGAUGACGCAAAGUAAAGGGUAGUGCGUUGAAGCUGUCGUCGAUGGAUGUCGGUCCGGUAAGUUCCAUAAACAGUGUGUGGUGCAGUUCUUUCUCCGCAUGUUUAUUCAUAAGGCGCGCAAUGACAAGGAAAAGAACCGACGACGGGGCGAUGAGAUUUGCAACUUCUUAAGAGUUCUUAAGUGCCACACCACCAUAUCUAUAUGCGAGUCUUCCUGAUUUCUUUUCGUUCGUAUGGUUGAUUUUACUGGUGUCGUUAUGCAUGAUUCAUUCCAUUCUGCAAACAGUACUUGUGCGGUAUCGAACAGCAUGCCUGCAGUGGAAAGCAUCAAUAAGAAUCGAUGUAUAUUUUGAUUAGAUACUGAAUGUGGGUACUUGCAUAUAUGUCGAUACAUGCUGAUAGGAAUUUUAUCGAACUCGUUUCUAUAUUCCGUUGUCAGCAGUUUUAGAGAUGUUUAUAAAUUGAGCUUAGGGUAGAUUAAAAGUGCCAGUACUACCCCUAUCGCUACUGACAAAAAAAAAGUUUGUUAUCUGAAGUCCCUCUUCGGAGACUUAUACAUUCUUAGCACUUACCAUACAAAAUAUAAAUUGAUCGCGAUUUAAGUUAUUUUACUAAUCUAAUGACAAUUCAAAAAUAAUAAUAGUCAAUAACAAAGUUCAAAUCAACGAUCUAAAAACUUUCAUGCACCGUCAACCGCAAAUAAGAGGUCACCGAUAAUUUUAACCUUCAAUUUCAGCGCCACCCAGUUCCUCAUCGUGAUUUCGUAAUCAAAAAUUCACCCUUGACACAAACCUAAAGCCUAAAAGCUUCCUUCAAAUCUGCACUCCAUCUUGGAUUCGCAUCAAAUUUUGAACAAAAAAAAACGAUUAAUAAACCUUCCGCGUCCGACACAACUCAGACCGGCCUACACCUUGACCGAGACGACACACAGACCCAACACGGUUCACUGCCGAAAUCAG